UCAAGUUAUACACGUGCCGUUGCGAGCUAGUAUGAUAGUAGUUUACUUACAAGCUGACACUCAGUAGUACGCAGCAAUAUCGCCAGUGCAAUUACAUCGCAUUGUCAAAUUACAUCUGCAAUUAGUAAAGAUUAUUCAUAAUAAUUAAUCGACGAUUGGAUAAUGGAAUCCUUUGAAAUAUUAUGUGGCAUUGCCGCCGUAAUUCUUGCUAUUUAUUAUUUCCUCACGUCGACUUUCGACUUUUGGAAGUCACGUGGCGUUCCUGGUCCACGACCAAUACCGGGACUUGGUAAUUUUAAAGACGUUAUGCUUAAUAAAAAAUUUGUGGGUGAUUAUGUGACAGAAAUAUAUAACACUUACAAAAAUGAACCAUUGAUUGGGAUAUUCGCUAGGAAGACACCCAUUCUUAUUGUAAAAGAUCUAGAUUUAAUUAAGAAUAUUCUUAUCAAAGAUUUCUCCAACUUUGCUGACAGAGGAUUUCCCAGUAUCGAAAAGGUCGAGCCAUUGUCGCAACAUCUUUUCGCUAUGAAGCCAAAGAAAUGGCGACCGUUGAGAAUACGAUUGUCACCUGUUUUUACAUCCGGUAAACUAAAGGAGAUGUUUUCUUUAAUAUCAGAAUGUGCUGACCACCUGAUCCUGUACAUGGAAAAGAGCGAGCAGGAAUUGAAUGAACCAGUAGAAUGCCGCGAGUUGAUGGCCAAAUAUGCAACUGAUGUAAUCGGUUUCUGUGUCUUCGGUAUCGAGAUGAACGCAUUGUCAGACAAGGACAGCGAAUUUCGCAAAAUGGGAAGAAAAAUAUUAAAUCCGACAUGGAUAAAUAUGUUACGAAUAAGAAUGAGAGAAUCUUUUCCGCAGCUGUACGAAAUGCUCGGUUAUAUCUUACCGCAAACAGAAACUACUAAAUUCUUCACACGAAUCAUCAUGGAGACCAUGGAUUACAGAGAAACGAAUAAUGUUACUAGAAAUGAUUUUAUUGAUAUAUUACGUGAAUUAAAGAAACAUCCAGAUAAAUUGGGUGAUGAUUUUGAUUUCACAGAUAGUUUAAUGGCUGCUCAAGCAUUCGUAUUUUUCGUUGCUGGCUUUGAAACUUCCUCGACUACUAUUAGCAAUGCGCUUUACGAAUUAGCACUAAAUGAAAAAAUACAACAUAGCUUACGUAAAGAAAUUAAUGAAGUCUAUGCAAAAUAUGGUGAAGAUUUAACAUACGAUAAUGUAAAAAAAAUGGAUUAUUUAGAUAAAGUUUUUAAAGAAACCUUACGAAAAUACCCGCCAGUGACAUUUCUUAUGAGACAAUCUAUGUCGAGUUAUACUUUUGAUGGUACCAAAGUUAGUAUACCGAAAAACCAAAAAGUAUGGAUUCCUGUUUACGCGAUUCAUCAAGAUUCAGAUAUUUAUCCAAAGCCAGAUGUCUUCGACCCAGAAAGAUUUUGUGACGAUGCUGUGCAAAGUAGGCAUUCGAUGACUUAUCUACCUUUCGGGGACGGGCCAAGGAAUUGUAUUGGUGCACGCUUCGGUGUUUAUCAGAGUAAAAUUGGGCUUAUAAAGGUACUACGGAAUUACAAAUUCGAGACUUGUGAGAAAACUCCAACCUUACCUUACGUAAAAAAUCCUAAGACAUUCUUAUUAACACCAAAAGAAUUAAUGUACUUGAAAAUAAUUAAAAUUAAUCGAACUUAAUUUAAGCUUUUUCAUAACUUCCAUGGAAAGCAUUCGUAAUAAAAAGUGGCAGAAAUCUGACAUUUUUACAAUAAUGAUAGGAUGUGCGACCAUUAUAAAGAUCAUGGCCAUGGCACAUAGAAAAACUUAAGACGUAAAAUUUGAGCAGUAAGUGAAUCGUCCAAUCACAGUACAGAUCGUAAGAUCAUAACAUGAGCAGUAGCGAAUGCAACAUGUUGAUUUCCUUACUGCUUAAGUCUUAAGUAUUUUUAUGUGCCAGGACCUUAUUGUUUUUAUUGAUAUUGUGAAUUAAUAUCUCAUAUUAAUUACUUAAAAUAGAUCCAUGAUAUUUUUAUGUCUCGAUUUUAGAUAUACGCUGCAUAUUAGGAUAAUUUAAUUUUAUGUUGCAUAUA